AUGGAUCAUCGCGCUGUAUUCCCAUAUCCUUGGCCGGCAAUACAAGCAUCGGACUUUGGUAAAGCGUUCAGCAAUGAUUCGCCAAUAAUGUUUAGUCCGGGACAUUUAAUUGUGAUAACAGCACGCUGCUUUGACAAUAAGAAAGGACAAUUUAUAAUCAAAUUCUUGGAAAGUGAUACGAAAAGAGAGGAGUUACAUUUCAGUGUGCGCUUUGAUCAAAAAGCAGUUGUGCGUAAUUCGAUGAAUAAGGCCUUCGAAUUCGGGCAAGAGGAACGCCAUGGUGGAUUUCCCUUCGUUUUUAAUCAGCAGUUUAAACUUGCUAUCGCAUUCACGGAACGUGAAUUUCUCACCGCUGUAGAUGGAUAUAACUUCUGCAGCUACGCCUAUCGCACAACGAAUGUAUUUCAAAAUCUUGUCGGAUUUAAAGUGACGUGCAUUAAUGGCUUGCAUAUGCAUGUGACUGGUGUAGAUCAUUUGCAAAUGGGUGACCCCUCUUGUACGGGGUUCGAAAAGUAUUCCAAGCACGAUUAUGAAUGUGCUUAG